UCGUACGGCCGUCGCGAAUAAUCUUCACAUGCCAAGGGGACGAAGAAUCAUUCCUCACGAGGAUGGCGUUUGUAGAGAAGAAAAAUAGAUUCAGAUUCGCAGUACCGAAGAACAGUGAAAAAAGACAUGGACAGAUGGUAAAAGAUAUGACGCAGACGGAGGAGGAUUGGACCUUUUUGUUGUGCUAUCCCAUUUCGGUUGCUUCGGAUAGAAUUGUUGGCGAGAUCUUGACGGCAAUUGAGGGGAUCGGCUUGGACAUCAUGGGGAUGAGAUUAAUGUGCGCAUCAGAAAAAUUUCUUACUACACACUUCGACAGGGAUGGUAGAAACCCUUGUCCCGGUGAUUCUACGCUGCAUCUUCUUACUUGCUAUCCAUUUAUUGCCAUGAUAUUGGUAGGUGAAGGUGCUAUUGAGAAGGCUCGUCAGCUUACAUCAGAAGAAUAUGAAUCAUAUUUUACCUGCGAAAAGGUUCUUCAGCUUACAUCAGAAAUAUCAGUGACGAAAACACUUAACAUUUGGGCGCCUGGCAGGCUACAAGCUUACACCAGUGAUUCAUUUAGAAGUGCAGUAAAAGAUUAUGAAUUGUGGUUUGCUAGUGACUCUCUUUUCACCUGGAGAAAAGAAGUAGAGGCAAGUAAAUACCUGGCAUGUGCAUUCCCUGAUGGCACUUUAUCUGGCCCAACAGACGAUGUUAGGGAAAACAUAGUGAAAUUGGAGCACUAUAUUACCGUUCCACCGUAAGUUUCCGGUUCUACUCAUUGUUUUAU